GACUCCGGCAGCCCUGAGGAUGAGGCCAUUUGCCGCUCUUUGCCGUCCUGGGCGAGGUGCGAGCUGAUAGGCAAGCCUCCCUUCUACGAUGAGCUUCGCAAGUUGCCCGACGCGGCAAACUCUUUGGGGAUGAUCGAAAAGGAAUGGAGUGAGUGCUGGGCUGACAACUACUCGACGGCAGAUUACGUUGCCGUGAUUGACAGCGACGUUGUGUUUACAUCCUUCGUCCUGCCGCCGUUGAUCUUUGAGCCCGGACCACACGGCCCCAGGCCGAUUGUCAUGGGCCAUUCAGCGCAUGAAGUGUUUCCCGCGACUGUGCUGGCGUUGCGCUUGAUUUGGGUGGCCGAGUUUAUGGACAACUUCCCGUUGGUUAUCCGGCGGCCUCACUUUGCAGCGCUGCGUCAAGUGCUCGUGCUGUGGCUGUACGGCUCCAAUCCAUCUGAUGGAUUCGACAAAGCACCUUUUCUGGAUCCUCGCACCAAGCGGUCUCCAGAAGUUGCCAGACUCUUGGAGUGCAUUUGCUUCCACUCCAUGAUGGGCAGCUUCCUCUAUCACCGCUACAAGGACCUCUACGCUUGGUCCAUCCGGCACGGGCACGUCCAGUCUGUGCCAGCUGAGCACUGCUGCCCGCGAAUACGUGUGGCCCAUCAUGUUCCAUACUGGGGCAUGGAGAACUGGAUGGCUCGGUGGGGCUACAACUAUAAACAAUUGAAGUUUGCAAUUGCUUGGAGAUCUCCCUCGUCCGUCGGGGAUUUCGCUUACCGACAGCGCAGCGCUGCGCUGAUGUUGGCGGGCCUGUGUGCUGUCCGCUGGGCCCAAGGACAAGCCAAGGGGCGCGAUCGGUUGGUUGAAGUUAAUAGCAGCUGGCGCAUCACGGAUGUUGGCAUGCUGGACGCCCAGCACGAUCUCUGCGUGCAAGGCUUGGCUACUCUUGAGGUACGUGGCUCUUUGGAGGACCGCCUGCUGGCACGCACGUUUCCGGCUGAAAAGUGGCCGGAAGAGGAGGUGCCCUGGGCAUCCUGUUACACGUCAAUCUUUUGCAUGCUGGCUGAGGCGCUGGCACACAGCGUGCUAGCGGAACUUCGCUCGGAGCUCGCCCAGAACGAAGUGACUUCGCGGGACCAGCAUGUGGAGCUCAAUGAUGCAAGCCACCAGAUUCAGACUCUUCGGACAGCGGGCUCCCGCAACAAGCUUGCAGCUUGCUUUGCCCUUGCAAUCAUCCAGGGACCUCCGGCUCAGUGUCCGGCUGAGGAAGAGAUCCGAGCCUCCGGCCAGGAGGAAGCAAACGUGGCGGCUGAGCUCCGGGUCUACCUUGAGGAGGCUGCCCAUGAGGUGGAAACCACAGAGCAGUCAAUCAGGGACACCAAGGACCAGGGCGCCGGGGCGCAGGACAGGUGGCUGAAGGGCUCGGAGCUUUGCUUGGUGCUUCUUACGGAGCUUGCAAGUGCCCUCUACCAUGGCACUAGGCAGCGCCGUUUUAUGGCGGAAGAGGAAUCCGAGGCUUCAUGGCAGUUCGACAACACCUGCGAGGCAUUGCGACGGCAAAAGAAGCGAACGCUCAAAGUCGCCAACGCGUUGCCAGGCCUUCGUGAAAGGCGAGCUGGCAAGAUUCAUGCGCUGACCGAGGUGGAUGGGUUGGAGGACUGCCGAAGACGGCUCGUGGCUCGGCUCCAGGAGCUCGAGGAUGCUGAGCGGGAGGGCGACGAUUUGGAGGUCCAGCUGGGCCAAGCUCGGGAGCAGGGAGCCUCACUAGAAGCAGCGCUGAGCGAUGUUUACCAGCUGGUAGCCGACCGGAACAUCCUGCUGGAGCAGGUCUGUGGUGAGCAUGGCUCUUUACGACAAACCCUGGAAGAGUCGGAGGCAGAGGCGCAACUGGCUCAGGAGGAGGCAAAUGAGUUGAUGAAUGCGAAGGAUGAGACGCACACCCAGUGCCGCCAAGCACACCAGGAAUUACAGACAGCUGAGGCACGGAUGCAGGAUGUCGAAGGUGCCUUGGAGAGACAGCACCGGGAGACCGAGAGCGAGGUCCUGGCGGCCAGCCGGCAUCGGGACACCGUGCAUGAACAAGUCUUGAAGUUGCAUGAGAACAUCACAAGCAACCUGCAACAGCGCCUCCAGGGUCUGGAAGAUGAAAAUAAGAAUCUGCAGAGCAAGAUCUCGUUCCUCGAAGACGAUUGCGCAAAGAUCUCUACGGAGAACUCGGAGCUAGAGCGGACUAUCGAGGAAGUGAAGAAGAAACCAAACUGUGUAAUAUCCUAG